GUAGUUCCCCUUCUUCUACUCUCUGUUGCAUCGCUCUGGGUUUUAGUUGCCGGCUAUCCUUCUCCUUUCACCCUCGAAAUCUUUACUGGACUCGGUAGCUUCAGAAUGGCAGAACAGACCGAGAAGGCUUUCUUGAAACAGCCUGGAGUGUUUCUCAGCUCGAAGAAGACUGGAAAAGGAAAACGGCCCGGGAAGGGAGGAAAUCGCUUCUGGAAGAGUGUAGGGCUAGGGUUCAAGACUCCACGCGAGGCUAUUGAAGGGGCCUAUAUUGAUAAGAAGUGUCCAUUCACCGGCACUGUUUCUAUUAGAGGUAGAAUCCUUGCUGGGACAUGCCACAGUGCAAAGAUGACAAGAACUAUCAUUGUUCGCCGCAACUACCUGCAUUUUGUCAAGAAGUAUCAGAGAUAUGAGAAGCGACACUCAAACAUUGCCGCUCACAUUUCUCCAUGCUUCCGAGUGAAAGAGGGAGAUUAUGUUAUCAUUGGCCAGUGCAGGCCGCUGUCCAAAACAGUGAGGUUCAACGUGUUGAAGGUUAUUCCUGCAGGGUCAGGUGGAGGGAAAAAGGCUUUCACUGGGAUGUAAACUUGUUUCUUUUUGUAGUAUUGUUAAAGUAUUAGAAGAAUGCUUGGUAUUUAGACUAUGCAAAACUCAGUCAAAGUUUCUCUCUAUGUACUUGCCAUGGAAGGCUUAAAUUUUUGUGCUACUUUUUUUUUUUUUUUUGGUUUUAUAUACUCAAGUGUUUUCAGAUUACUCAGCUUUGGUAAACAGUGGUUGAAAUCCUUCAAAUUG